GGUCUACUCUCUCUGACAGUCACACAAAACACAGAUCCUUGCACAAGCAAAAAGCCGGAAAAGAAACAAAGAAAAACCCAAAACCAGAUUAUUAGUACACAUUUCUCUUUAUUUUUAUUUUUAUUUUUUCUAAUCUCUCAAACUUCCGAGGGUUUGAUUUGGUGAAACAGACAAAGCUUUCCUUACUGUCUCAUUUCUCUUAUCUUCUUUGUUUCAUUUUAUCUCUCAUUUUCUUUUUUUCUCUGUUCUUUGAAUAGGAUAGACCCGUGAAAAAAGGGUCUUUGAAAGAUUUUGCUUGGUUGGUAGCAUAGUGAAAUGAGUGAUCUUCAUUCUUUGCCGGAAAAUGAAGGGAAGUGAAAGAAAAUAUAUGGGAGAGUAAACAAACAAGUUUCAGUUAAAACCCAAGUCAUUCUAUUUCUUUGUUGUUCUUCGGCAUUUUCUUGUUCUGGGUUGCAAGGUGCAACCUUUAAGCAAAAAUGAGGAAAAAUGGGUGGCAACUUCCUUACCACCCUCUUCAGGUGGUCGCUGUUGCUGUAUUUCUGGCUUUGGGGUUUGCUUUCUAUGUUUUCUUUGCUCCUUUUGUUGGGAAGAGGAUUUUUCAGCUUAUUAUAAUGGGAAUCUAUACUCCUCUUAUUACUUGUGUCUUCGGCCUAUAUAUUUGGUGUGCAGCUGCUGAUCCUGCCGAUCCAGGAGUUUUUAAGUCCAAAAAAUAUCUCAAAAUUCCAGAAAGUGUAAAGUCUGCCCGACUAAAGGAUUCUAAACUGGGUGGUGAAUCUACUUCUUCUAUAAAUGAUGCAAAUGCUGCUACAGUUGGCGGAAAACCUCUGGAAAAGGAUGAGACAUGUGCAGAUGCAACUUCUAAAGACCACAAUUCGGAAAUUGAGAAGAUAAAUGAAUCGUCAGAUCAUUCAUCUUGUCUCUUAUAUGCUCUCACACCUUGUGCUUUUAUCUGCAACUGCUCUGGUUCAAGUGGUGAAUCUUCUGAGCAGCAAAUUAGCGAAGAUGGCAUGUUUUAUUGCAGCUUGUGUGAAGUUGAGGUAUUCAAGUACAGCAAGCACUGUAGAGUUUGUGAUAAAUGUGUAGACCGUUUUGAUCAUCACUGCAGGUGGCUUAACAAUUGUAUAGGCAAAAGAAAUUAUCGACAGUUUUUCACCCUAAUGGUUUCUUCUCUUCUCUUGCUUAUUCUACAAUGGUCGACUGGAAUACUGGUACUAAUCUGCUGUUUUCUUGAGCGGAAGCAUUUCUCUGUGGAUAUCUCCACUAAGUUAGGAAGCAGUUUUUCUUUAGCUCCCUUUGUUAUUGUGGUGGUAGUCUGCACGAUUUUGGCAAUGAUUGCUACGUUACCGCUUGCUCAACUAUUCUUCUUUCACAUCCUAUUGAUAAAAAAGGGGAUUAGCACCUAUGAUUAUAUAAUAGCUCUAAGGGAGCAGGAACAAGAGCAACAAGGAGUUGGAGGGCAGCAGAGUCCCCAGAUGUCAAUUGCUAGCUCCCUUACUGGAUUGAGCAGUGCAAGCUCCUUCUCUACAUUCCACCGUGGUGCAUGGUGUACACCCCCUCGCAUGUUUCUUGAAGAUCAGUUUGAUGUUGUACCUCCAGAGACUGCAUCUGUAAGUUCAUUAGGGAAAAAGAUGGUGGGAGAAGAACCAAUUAAGAAAAAGAACCCAGCGGUGAAGAUUAGUCCAUGGACAUUGGCACGGCUAAAUGCAGAGGAGGUUUCGAAGGCCGCCGCAGAGGCAAGAAAGAAGUCCAAAAUCCUGCAACCUGUGGUGAGGCGUGAAGCCCAUUUUGGGCUAGAAACAAGCAGCAGCUUCGGAAGCAGUAGCCGUCGAAUGGUCCCAAGGCCAGACAACAGAAGGAGAGCCAGUAAGCGGGUGCGCCUCCCAGCUGACCUACCCAUGGAGCCCCUAUCGGUGGUUUCAAGCCUUUCAGCUAAAGCUGUUGAAAAUGGUUUCACUGAGGCUUCAACUAAUUUAGCUCCUCUACAGCUUGAAGCAAGGAGUGCUUUCCAAACAAGCCGAGCAAUGUCAAGCUCAGCUGGUAUUGUUGCUUCUUCUCCUGAGAGUAGUUUAGACUCUCCAGAUAUUCAUCCAUUCCGGGUCUCCUCGUCAGGAGCUGAAGAGUCAAGGCGGCUGACAGGUCUAUCUGCUGGUGUUAUGUCUGCACAGAAGGGAUUUCCUCUAUCUAGGUCUACUAGUGAUGGGUAUGAAGCAUCUGGCGGGGAAGAUAGUGACCGUGUUCCUUCCAGAAUUGUCCAAAGAUCAACGAACUGGAGUAAUCUUCUCUUUAGCACUGAGCAUGAUGAGAGGGUUGAUGAUAGCAUUGUAAAAUUGAAAGCACCAUCUUCAUCUAGUCACGGUAUCAACAGAAAGCUUUGACCCUGGAACUAUUAAUGAAGAUUGGUUCAUUUUAGUUACAUGAAGUUGUAAAAUUCAACAUUCUUUCAUUUGUGGGCUAAAGUACGUCAAUGACCCAAUUAAUCAUCCGCGGCAUUGCCCAACUGAAUUAAUUAGAAGUAUUGGAGAUCGGUUAUAUCAAGCUGAAGACAUGACCAAGGCUGUAAAGAAAAGCACCGAGAUACACACUUUGUUUCCUCCCCGUUCUUGGCUUUUGCUUUUGGGACUGACAAAGAAGGCAACUAUACUGCUCUGUUGCUUGCUUAUAAUACUCGAUUGUACUCCCAUUGUGGGUUGUUAAGAAAUGGAUUCUUCAUAUUGUUGGAUAGCUUCUCAAUGAACUUCUAAGCAUUCCUCUCGAAUUUCUGAAAAAAAAAAAAAAAAAAAAAAACCU